AUGACUGGUCGUGGUAAGGGAGGAAAAGGAUUGGGAAAAGGAGGAGCCAAGCGUCAUCGUAAAGUUCUGCGUGAUAACAUCCAAGGUAUCACUAAGCCAGCUAUUCGUCGUCUGGCCCGUCGUGGUGGAGUCAAGCGUAUCUCUGGAUUGAUCUACGAAGAGACUCGUGGUGUGCUCAAGGUUUUCCUUGAAAACGUUAUUCGUGACGCUGUCACCUACACAGAGCACGCUAAACGUAAGACUGUCACAGCCAUGGAUGUAGUCUACGCAUUGAAACGUCAGGGCCGUACUCUCUACGGUUUCGGAGACGUAGUAAGUUUUAGACACCGAAGGUGUAAUAUCAAGGCCAAUACAACACUUCUUUAUCCCAAUGAUCUAAAAGACCAGCUUCUGUCAUCCUCAAUGCAAUCUGAUCAAUUCUGUCCUUGA